GUGUGUGUGUCUGUGUGUGUGUGUGUGUGUGUGUGUGUGGGUUCAAUAUGUUAAAUUUCAAUGUGUGCCUGCUUAUGUGGAACAAAACAGUCAUUUCUAAAGCUCCACAUUAUAGUAAAUACCCUUUGAUGAACUCGUAUCUGGCUCCAUAUGCUUCUCUUUCACUAUGACGAAGCUUUUAUGUUUAAAUUGAUAUCGAAAAGACGAAUGUUGUGAUUUAGUUCAAUUUUAAUUAGGUUUAUUUUACAGAUUGUGCUACUUUCUACAAAUGGUUCAGGCAUCCUCAUAAUCUUUGGAAGAAAAGUUUUGUUUUGCUUUCAAACUAUUUCUUUAUUUUAAUAUUCACUGUAUGAUUUGUCACUAAUUAGCUGAACUCAUUGUAGAUUUUAAAGUUUUUUUUAAUUGUGUAUUAUUUUAGGUGUUCUUUUUUUUACAUUUAUGCAUUGAACAGAACAUUAAAAUCAACCAUUUUUUGGUAAUUAUUUUUUUUUAAAUCUGGUAUUUUAGGUGAAUUGAGCCUUUUUUUCACUACAUACAAUUCAUUCAAUUUUGAACCAAUAGAUUAUUUAGAUUCUAAUGUCAUAUUGUUUAACUAUUUUUACUUCAGGGUUGAUUAUUGAUAGAAUUUCUAUAAAAUUAGGAAAUUGCUAAUAAUUUUAAAUUUCUUCUUACUUCAAAACACUGUUGAAAAGAAACGUCCUCAUCAAUUGUGAUACUGAUAAUGAACCCACACAAAUGCAAUAAAUGCCAGCGCAGACAGGCCUCGUGCCCACACAACCUCAGUGCAUCGUCUUCAAACAGCGUUCAGCCUGAAAUUAAAGUAAUCUUCCCCUAAAUGUCAGAGCGGAGCUUCUUGGAUUGUUGCUUCACUACGUGAAUGUUUCAGCGUGGCCUUCAAGCUCACGUCUGCAGCUCUGAUUAGCGCUCCAUCUCCCAGAGUGAGACAUUGCUCACCUCUGAUUCUUCCUCUGUGUCACGAAGCUCAGAUGAAUUAUAUCAAAACAAAUAUAAAGGACUUUUAAAGCUAAGUGCCAGGAAAAAGCAGUUUGCUUCAUUAAGGCUUUCCUUUCUCUGCUCUGUAAACUGCUGUCAGUGUGUUUGGCUGCGUUUCUUUGAAAAGGAACGGACAGGGUCAUUUGCAUUUUCAACCUUGGGCCUGUUUAUCAUUUUGUAAAAGGUUCGGCUCCUGACAGGUCUCAGAUUUCUCGGCGUAAAUAAACUCCGGCGCUCUCACCUACUCAGUCCUAAUAAACCAGAGCAGCCGAGCCAGCACUUCACUCACAGCGACUGAAGUGCUGAGAGCUCUCCUGCAGCGCCGGCGUGUGCACGCGUAGCCAGUCAAAACCGUAUUCACAAAAGCUCUUAACAAGCAGGUUCAUCACAAGGUGUUUUGACGAGAACAAAGGACACAAAUUCAGAUGAAAACUACAGAUAAAAGGAGCAAGUGUUGUGCGUGUGUGUGCAUAUGUAACCAUGCGUGUGUGUGAUGAAUGUGAGGUUUAGGUUUGAGUCAGAAGCAGCAGCAAAAGCCUGAGUCUGAGAGUGUGUGUAGGAUGAGCCUCCUACCACGUCCCUCCCUGUCUCUCAUCAACUGUCUCUCUGCCUCCCCUCCAUCCUUCCCUCGCUGCUCUGACAAAAUGUCUUCUGAAAAGUGUUGAUCAAAGAGUCAUGAUGUGAUUGCUGAUUAACUUGACUGAUUAAGGCGGGAAGCGACAUUUAGCUGGUGAAACCGGUGUCAAACCUGAUUGAAGACAAAAGCGGCGUAAAGUUCUAUAUUUGUGUGUGUGUGUGUGUGUGUGUGUGUGUGUGUGUGUGUGUGUGUGUGUGUGUGUGUGUGUGUGUGUGUGUAUCCCUCACGGUGAUUAAAGCAAGUGGGCGGCAGCAGCAACUGGUCUGCCUGUGUGGCUCUGCAUAGCAGACAUGUUUCUCACUGCUAGAUAUUACUCAUUUCCUCAGCCCUUUGCACACACAAGCGCACACACACACACACACACAGACACGCGCUCACACACAACAGGCAGACGAAUCGCAGGCUCUCGGUUCUUUCCUUCAGUUUGGUGGGCUCGCUGCUGUUAUUUCACGCGUACAGAGAUCAGAGGCAGUGUGUAGCUGGCGGAGGAGCCGUGUAGCGGUGAGGAGCUGAGGAGUGGGUUGAGCCUCUGGAGACCUGGAAUAUGAAUGACUGCCAACACUGGGACAACGUCUGCUCAGUCUGCACCAAGGUGAGUGGCGCUUCAGGACCAACACACCCUCAGUGAUCGCACAGUGAUGCUGUGUAGCAGCCGUGGCCUCAGUCUGUGCUGCUCAUCCUCCCGUGAGGCCCAUGUGACCUAGCCUACACCCGCAGCACGGGGGCCCCCAUCCAUGAAUCCCAGCCCCGACCGUGGCAAAGAGUGCCUCCCUCCCAAGAAGAGGGACCCUCGGCAGGGCUCUGCGGAACACCACGUCCCUUUGGACGAGUUCAAGCCCCCUGUGCCGCUGCGCAUCCGGGCCAGCGCGGGGAGAGGGGAGGGAGGCCGGGAGGCGGGCGAGCGGGACCGGGACCGGGACCGGGCACUCACCAACCCCAACCCCCAUCUCCUGCACACUCCUCCGACUCUUCCUGCUCCAGCACCAGCCCUCCAGAUACCUCUGCCAUGGAGCCUGAGCUACUCCUCCCCCGUCUCCCUGUACCCAGGGCACGUCGAGAGGAGGCUCCCAGGAUCUCCUGCCUGGAAAGAUGACCUCAUGUCAUCCCCCCUGUCCCAUCACAGGUGGCCCCUCUCCUUGUCCCCUUCACCCUCCUCCUCCGCUGCCUCCUUCAAAGCUCCCUACGCGGCAGAUACCAGAGAGAUGUGGUCCUACAUCAACAGCAGCCGACGAGACUACGGCUCUACCCCGAUGCCAUCCUACUUGUUCAGCCACUCGUCUCUCUACCCCCACGACACCAGUCUGUUUGACGCCAGACACAGGUCGCCCGGCAAGAGGCCCAACGGGCUGGACGGGGCCGGCAGCAGGACUGCCUCAACCUCCAGGUCCCUGCUCACAGGAGACUACGUCAGCGAGAGCGGCAGAGCCCGGCUGGAGGCCGCUCCACACGGCUCCCACACCAACGGGGGGCGGCGGCAGCAGGAGGAGGCGCCGCCGCGCGGCCACGCCGGACUCUCCUUCCUGGAGGACAGCCCCGACUUACAUUCCCCACUGCAGGACAGACAUCCACACGGGAUAGUGAAGAGCAGCCCCAGCGUGCUCCCCUCCAGCCCCCACCCCCUCGGACCAGAUCCCAGGGCGGGCAGAGUGCUGGAGCCGCUGGCGGCCACAGCCAUGGAGGCCCAGAUCUACUACUCGCUGGGCUCCGUGUGUCCCCCCGGCCCCCUGCCUCCAGCCUACCCGCUCUACAGCCCCUCAGGAACCCCGCUGUACAACCUGCACAGGGAUCAGGGCCCCAGGCAGCACAGCCUAAGGAACUCACCUCACUCACCCCUGGGUUUGCCCAACAGCCAUGACCGGUCAGCGAGAGACCGGGAACCAGAAAGGGAGAGAGAAAGGAGCCUCCAAAGGGAUAGAGAGCGAGCGAAAGACAGAGACAAGCACCUAGAACAUGACAAAGACCAAGACAGAGAGAGUGAGCAUGAGAGGCGGCGGGACCGGGACCGGGACCGGGACCGGGACCGGGACCGGGACUCUUCGCCUUCGCACCCCCACCCCUCUCCCCCUGCGCUCCUACCUCACUUCACCAAGGGUUCUCUGAUCGAGCUGGCCAGCGGGCGGCUGAAGCGCGUGGAGGAGCUGAGGACCGAGGACUUCCUGAGGAGCGCCGACACCUCCCCGGAGUUCCACCUCAGCACCUGCACCGUGCUGCAGAUCUCCUCCAGCAGCGCACAGGGCUUCAGCCACCUGCAGGUCCACCUCACAGACCGCAGCACUCAGGAGUUACUGAAGGUCCUGGUGGAGUAUCCGUUCUUCGUGCAGGACCGAGGCUGGUCUUCUUGCUGUCCCCAGAAAACCGCGCAGCUCUACGGCCUGCCCUGCCGCCGGCUGAUGGAGGGGGACGUCUGCCUGGCCCUCACCCCGGCCCAGGGCCGCGGCGGCUCCAGGGCCCCUCGCACAGCGCCCCCCCCCACGGCUGCAGGAGAGUCCAGCAGCUCCCAGCGGGCGGAGAUGCCGCCUCCGCCUCCCCCUCCUCCUCUUCCUCACCAGGCGCGUCCCGCCGCUCCAGCCGCUCCGUGUGCGCUGGUUGCAGAGCCUGCGGCUCAGGAGCAGCCGCGUGCGCGCAAACGCCGCUGGUCCGCCCCAGACGCCCUUUCCUCCGGCGGAACUGAGGACGGCCAGGAUUUACCUCAUGGCUCCAAGCAAAUGAAGUGGCAGUAGAAACUUGCACAUGCAAACGUGUCCAUGCAUAUUGAGACACACACACGCUCGCACACACACAGACGGACAGACAGACAGACAGACACACACACACACACACACACACACACACACACACACACACACACACACACACACACACACACACACACACACACACACACACACACACACACACCCUCCUUGUCUCUGCACCCACCAAAAUCAACCAUGGAGAGACCACAAGGCAGGGUUGCAGGGACGGAACAUGAUCCAAUAGAAUCCAUCAAGAGAUCGGCCUAGAUCACUCUGCUCUCCUCUCCUUCCCUCCUUUACUUUGCAUUUUACCUCCUCUCCUCUCCUCUCCUCUCCUCUCCUCUCCUCUCCUCUCCUCUCCUCUCCUCUCCUCUCCUCUCCUCUCCUCUCCUCUCCUCUCCUCUCCUCUCCUCCCCUCCUCUGAAAGGAGCAGCUCUCAGUGACUCCUUACACUGAAGACAUAUUGUGAGACAAUCAAGCACUCGUCUGUGUUCACUCGUUUUUGUAACGCUUGUCCCACACACCUACUUACUGACAGUGUUUGCUGCAGGGCAUCAACUUUCAAUCAGUGUUAUCAAAGAAAACGCUAUUGAACAAGUGCAGAAAAGACUAUAUAUAUAACCUUACAGAUGUUCUAUACAGUAAAUAUGCUAAACAGAUUUAAUGCAAUCUCUGUCAAUCUUGCAAUGCAGUUGUUUUUUAAUUUUCUUGCUUCUGAGCCGGCGUCGAGGCGUCGGCCUGGGCAGGCGAGUUGAAUGUAUGAGCAACUCUUCGCCUUUUUUAAUUCUCAUCACCGGGAGUCAUUUCAAACAGUUGUUCGUCAAGGCAUUACCCUCCAAUAUGUUCUUAACAUUAUCUCUGAGAAAGGGAGAACACUAAUGACACUGCGUGACAGACAAUCCCACCCACACAGACAGGUCUGUGCCACAUCGCCUCCACACUCAUGGUGUUUUUCCAUUAAAUCUGAAUGAUGGAAAGAGUAAAAAGUGCUGUAUGGCUGAAGAGUAAUGGUGCUAAUAACACGUUGGAACAUGAUGCUUUGUGAAACCUCUUGACCCCUGUGUACUGUACGCUUCUGUUCCCAUCUCGUUUUUUACGUACUGUAUAUGUUUGAAGCCAGAGAAAAUGAUGAAAGUAUUUUAAACUCAGAUACGGGUAUCUCCUCUGAUUCAGCACACUCUUUCACUUUAGUUUUUGUGUUUUUUUUAUUUUCAAAAACAAAACCUGACUUGUUGAUUUUUUUUCUUUUUAAAUGUAAUAGCUACACAAAUGUAUAUUUUUAAACAUGUGAAUCUGUUCUAUGAUGUUCGCUAGAAAUAAAGGAAAACAAGCUUUAUAGAUUUAAUCACA